AUGACCAACCCGAUCUCGAACUUGAUCAACAGCUUCAUGGCCAGCCGCGAGCGCAUGGCCGCCGAGGAGCAUGACUUGCUGCAAGCGGCGCACACGAGCGCCAAGAACCGCCUCGAGGACGAAGCCGUGUGGCGCCGCAGCAACACCGCCCACCAGGCCGGCAAGUACACGAGCCCCGAAGGCUACCCGGACGUCCCGCGCCAGUACGUCAAGCCGUCGCACUCGACGGAGCGCGACUACGCCACUUACCCGGCCAACUCGCUCUCGGCCUUCAUCGCGAUCACCGACAUCCUCGGCGAGCGCGAGCUCUAA